CCGAGCCGUCGCAUAAUGAGCCUCGCGACAAUACUGGAGACUGGCACCUGGUAUUGAGUCCCGCACUUGAGUCUCUGCUAUUGUGCCUAUCGUAUCCUCUGCCACUUCCAUAGUCUAAGCAUUCUUGUUGCACCACAUCGCAUACAAUUGUCCCACUGGCAUUGUUCCUCCCUUACCAUUAUGGCCACCAAAAAGACCAAGGCUGCUCCCACCGACGACGACCUCAAUGCCCUGCUAGAAGGGUUGGGCGAGGAUGACGCCAAAGCUCAAGCUGGUACGAAGGGAUCGGGAGCUUCCACGGGCAAAGCAGCCAAACCAGUCUCCUCGCAAGCCGAGCAAGAUUUGCUGGAUGAACUCGAGAACCUGGGGGCCCAGCCAGCUAGUAGACCACACACUCCCCGAAUUUCACAGGUAAAGCGUGCAACACCUCCCCCGGGAUCAACUCGAUCGAGUGAAGACAAGCAACUCCCCAGAAAAUCUGGUGAGAGCACUCGAUCCUUUCACACCAGCUUCACCCCCUCGGCCACAAGCAGUGAGCUUCAAGAAGCCGAAAAGAAGGCUCCAGCUGCGCAGCCAGCAGAGAAACAAGAGGCAGCUCCUGCUGCGGGCGGGGGAUGGUGGGGAAGUGUGUUUGCAACUGCAUCGGCUGCUGUCAAGACUGCCGAGGCGGCUGUGAAAGAGAUACAGCAAAAUGAGGAAGCAAAACGCUGGGCGGAGCAAGUCAAAGGAAAUGUUGGUGCCAUUGCUGGACUUGGUAUGUGUUGAUGCCCUCUUCGCUUUCCUAUCAUCCUCCUAACCCGUUUGUCUAGGUGGGGAAUUACGGCAGCGAGCACUCCCAACCUUUACCAAUAUCUUGCAUACACUCGCACCUCCAAUCUCUUCCCAUGAACGACUCCAAAUCCACAUUACCCAUGAUUUCAUUGGCUACCCCUCCCUUGACCCUCUUAUAUAUUCCACCUUUGCACGGGUGAUGGCUCAAGUUGAGGGCGGUGAUCUUCUAGUUAUCCAGCGUGGCCAAGAAUCUACCGCUCGUCGUGGUUCAGAAGGCGGAUAUUCCGGUGGAAGUGCCGGAUGGAAUGAUGGACCUUGGUGGAGACAACAUAAUGAACAGCGUGAUCUUGGAUCAGUCAAAGGUUUCGUAGAAGGAACCAAAUUGGUUCGCGUAAGCGCAGAAGCUUAUUCCACCGAGUAUUUCCAUGCGAACGGCGGAUUGGAGUUGGCAAAGCAGCGAGCAACCGAAAUUCUUAGCGAAUCAAAUCCUGUUCGAAGCAGCGACAUUUUCAUGGCCGUUCAAGCAAUCUCACAUGAAGCACCAGAGGAUCUAUUCCAAGGCAACACAGCAUCAAAAGAAAAGGAGGAGUCAAGUGCUGUGGAGGAAACAAUCGUCCCCGACGAGCAGAUUUCUUUCGCAGUCUAUCUACACGACCCCGUACACAGCAUUACAUUCCACACCAUUACCCAACCUAUACCCGCAAAAUGGAUCAAGUGGCUUGAUGCUCCUCCAACACUCACCCCAGCCUCCUCCACCUCGCCUACGCAGAAAGGCGGGUUCUUUGGAAGAGAGGGCGAUCAGUACGCACCGUCCAGUCUCCCAGAAGAAAUCGCAGAGAUUAUUGAGAGCGGUGGUGUUGAUCCCAGAGAAUGGGUAGCCGAAUGGGUAGAGGAAGUACUGAGCCUAGGUGUCGGAGUCGUGGCACAGAGAUAUGUAGCCAAAAGAAUGGGCGUUGGCGAGGGCGGCAUCGGAAAAGGAAAGGCCAGAAUGGAAGAGGUACUUGGUGAUGGAGGCGGAGAAGCUGCAAGAGCCGGGUUGAUUUGAGCUUCGUGAGGGGACGAGCUUGUGACAUUACUUUUCCAGCGAUCCUUCUUCUUGAUGUGUAUGUCCUUUUCUUCUUUUGGGUUGUAGGUAGAAGGUGGCGUUAUCUGCUUAUCUUUUGGUAGCUUCAUGGCACCACCGCAUGGUCUGUGACUGUGGGAGAUGAGCUGCUUCGUUAUGAAAUGCUAGGUUGGGCUUCUUCGAUUAGGAAAUGAUGUACUGUAUUCUGCCUUGCUCUCUUGAUGAAUACUGUUUCCUUUAAAAACCCCCGUUUCAGUGUUAUGUAUGUACUUAAUUUGGAGCGAAUGAGGAUAUCGUGAACUGAGGUGGGAGAGGGUGAGAUAUAUGUGUUAGGGAUUAAGGAUAGUGUACGCUUCGAUGCAUACAUGUGAGUU